UUCUCAUUAAGGGGGGUUUAGUAAAGAGGCGAUUGAUGGGAUUAGUUUGGUUUCCUGUCUGUUCUGAGAAUUCAGACUCUCUCUCUCUCACCCACACACGCAGAGACUCGCUUCACGACCAGCACAGAGAACAGAGUUUUACAGAUCUCUCUGGACAGAACAGGUGCGGACCGACAGACGGACAGACACACAGACACGCAAACAGAGAUGACUAGCUGACAGCACAGGUGACACGCAGAGGUCCGACAGAGAGACCGCGAUCGAAACGUGAACACCACGUACUGGUACGCAAAUCGGACAAGCGCGUCGGGUCACGCAGUUAAAAACUACGCUCAGCUUGCUUGAAAAUGUAUUUAUUUAUUUAUUUUUUUGGACAAUCUAUUUUUAAUGUAAUAUAAUGUUUUAAUAUGUUGUUCCUGCUUCCUUACUCUCUGUUUUAUCAGAUUAGUGUAAGGAAUUCGCAUAACUUGCUAUUUAUUUUCGUGUUUGGCAUACCUUUGCAGUUUACCUAAUCGCAGCUUGACUUGUUUAGCUGGAAUAGAACCGGUACGUUCUCGUACCUCCAGAGGCUACAUUACAUACAGUGCACGCUUUUACUUUGCAGAAUUGUCAAGCGAUGUCUUCCACCCCGCUUCUCCCCCUCGCUUCUCGCACCCCGCCCCGGCUCUCUCCCCGAGGGGCGCAGCCGCCGGUGAUCCAGCUCCAGAUCGGACUGUUCCGGGAGCUGGUCUCCAUCCCGCGGCCACAACUCUCCUUCAAGACCGUCAAGAAGCUGGCCUUGGAGAUCAUCCAGAAAAAGGCUCCAGAGUGUGUCCUCCUGGCUCUGACUGAUAAGAUCCUGCUGUUCCGACACGCCCCGAGCUCGGAGAACGUCCUGCAGCGGCUGGGCGGGAGCGAUGUGAUCCGCGAAGGGGACCUCGUAGAGGUGGUGAUGUCAGGCUCCGCCUCCCUGGCUGGGUUGAAGCUCCGCCCCCACGUCUUGGCUGUCCACUCGUAUCGCUCGCCGACGUUCUGCCAUCACUGCGGAGAGAUGCUGUGGGGACUGGUGCGCCAAGGGUUAAAAUGCGAAGGCUGUGGUCUGGACUUCCACAAGCGAUGUGCCUUCAAGAUCCCCAGUGACUGCAGCGGGACCCGGAGGAGGUGUGGACCCAGCCUCUCCCUCAUCCCCACGGGCAGAACCAGAGCCGCCUCGCUGAGCACCCAGACAGGGGGCAGCCUGGAGGAGAUCAGCCGGUCGAAGCCGAGCCGUCGCUCCAGGGCCCCCUCGUGGGGGGGGCGUCCCGUCUGGGUGGAUCACCGGGAGCCGACCCGGGUUCAAGUGCCGCACAGGUUCCACAUUCACACCUACACGCGCCCCACUGUGUGCCAGCACUGCCAGAGACUGUUGCUGGGGCUUUUCAGACAGGGCCUGCAGUGCUCAGAUUGCAAGUUCAACUGCCACAAACGCUGCCUGCCUCUGUUGCCCAGCGACUGUGUGGGAGAGAGAGGCUCCUUCAAUGGCGAAGUUGCAGAUGCUGAAAUGACCUCCUGUCCGUCCUCUGAUGCGGAGGAGGAUCUAGACCCGCCCUCCCACAGCACCCUAUUGGUGGAUUUGGACGAGCAACCCAGCUUUGAGCAAGACCCAUUCGCUGAGCCCGGGGGGGCGGAGCUACAGCCACCAAUCAGCCCGUGCUUCAGCAGUAACAUCCCUCUGAUGCGGGUGGUUCAGUCUGUGAGGCACACCAAGAGAAGGGGCAGCGCCGUGCUGAGGGAGGGCUGGCUGCUCCACUGCAACUCCCAGGACCUGCUGAGAAAGCGACAUUACUGGCGUCUGGACAGCAAGUGCAUCACUCUCUUUCAGAAUGAGGGCGGGGCCAAAUACUACAAGGAGUUGCCCCUCUCUGAGAUCCUGCAGGUGCAUGGUGCAGAGGAGUUAUCCGUCCUGCCAGCAGGGGGCAGCACUCACUGCUUCGAGCUGGUCACAGACACCCUGGUCUACUGCGUGUUUGGAAGCCGGACGCAUUCAGCACAGGGCAGCAGAGCCCCAGAUACCAGGGCCUGGGAGAGGGCAAUCCGGCAGGCACUGAUGCCCAUCCACACCCCCUCCAGCACGGGCACAGAAGGGCAGGUGUCCAACAUGCAAGCCCAAGAGAAUAUGGACUUCAGCAGUGUCUACCAGAUCUUUCCUGAUGAGUUACUGGGAUCAGGCCAGUUUGGAAUAGUCUACGCAGGUAAACACAGGAAAUCUGGCCGUGACGUUGCAGUCAAAGCUAUCGACAAGGCCAGGUUCCCCAGCAACCAGGAGAGACAGCUGAGGAACGAGGUGUCCAUCCUGCAGAGCUUGCAUCACCCGGGGGUGGUGACCCUGCAGGGCAUGUUCGAGACGGUGGACCACGUGUUCGUUGUCAUGGAGAAGCUCCACGGGGACAUGCUGGAGAUGAUCCUGUCCAGCGAGAGGGGGAGGCUGCCAGAGAGGAGCACCCGCUUCCUCGUCACACAGAUUCUAGAAGCUCUGAGAUACCUCCACUUCAAGAACAUCGCCCACUGUGACCUCAAACCAGAGAACGUGCUGCUGGCGUCCGCUGACCCCUUCCCACAGGUGAAGCUGUGUGAUUUCGGUUUCGCCCGGAUCAUCGGUGAACGGUCGUUCCGUCGGUCGGUCGUGGGCACGCCGGCUUACCUGGCCCCCGAGGUGAUCCGCAGCCACGGGUACAACCGCUCCCUGGACAUGUGGUCCGUGGGCGUGGUCCUGUACGUGAGCCUGAGCGGCACCUUCCCCUUCAACGAGGACGAGGACGUGAGCGAGCAGAUCCAGAACGCCACCUUCAUGUACCCCGAGCAGCCUUGGAGCCAGGUCUCCCAGCACGCCAUCGACCUGAUCAACAACCUGCUGCAGGUGACGGUGCGACGGCGGUACAGCGUGGAUAAGGCUCUCGGUCACACCUGGCUGCAGGAUUUCCAGCUCUGGUUGGACCUGCGGGAGUUCGAGACCCGACUGGGCCGGCGCUACCUCACCCACCCGAGCGACGAGGCUCUGUGGCAGAGCCACGCUGCAGAGAAAGGCCUGGCACACCCAGCGCACUUCAUCACAGAGCAGAGAGACAGUGAAUAAACCAGCUUUGAAGAUUGAGGUUAUAGAAUCUAUUCAACUGAAGUCUUUAAAAUCUUCAAAUGAGUCGACAAAGUUAACCAGAACCAAUACUUUAAGAGCAGCACAGAAGCCAGGAGCAGAGGAUUUGGAAAUGAAGUGGAGACUGAGGGAAGGAGACGCUUCUUCACACAGAGAGUGGGGAGGGGAUGGAAUGGGUCACCUAGCCGUGUUGUUGAGGCAGAAUCACUGGGAUCCUUUAAGACCGAACUUGAGAAGGUUCUGAGAUCAAGCAGCUGCUCGGAACCGGACGAGCUUAGACGGGCCGAAUGCUUCUUCUCGUUUGCAAAUGUUCUUAAUGAAGCUUGCAUUAAAAACCUGGAAAGAAUGGAAAUGCUUGCUACGUCAUUGUGAAUCGUAUUUCCAACCCUGAGAUUGCAACACGCAUUCCCAUACAUUCAAUCAGUGCACUGACAAAGAAAUAAACCAACACUGAAGUGUAUAUUUGUUUAGAUUUGUUUUUAUUAUCCAAGGUAGAUGUUCAUUAUCUUUAUUAUUAAGGCUUCCGUGCUGUUACAAUGGAAGCAAGCCAAGGCAUUUGGGUAAAACACAGAAGGGAAAAGACCCAAGUAGUGAGCCAUGAGUGUUGAGCAACUCCAACACUGAUCAGAUUAACGAUGAACCACUGCAAUGCGGCCUCAUGAACAGCCUACUGCUACAGGCUUGGAGACCGUAAAAGAGAGGCAAGGAGAUGAGCCACAACUGGCAGUGAUAACCUACCGAAACAUGGGGUUCAAAUAUAUAUUGUGUGGUUUGCCUAGAAGGGAGGGCUUCUUUGCUCAAAGUUCUCUGUACAGUAUCUCUCCCUCUGUGCUUCCCCAAUCCUCCUAUGCUUAAGUAAACAUGACUGUCAACCUGCA